AGAGCAAAGUAGAGCGCCACGUCCACGUCACGCAAAGUCUGAGCGUGUUGUAGGUUAGACAGCGAGAAAGAGAGACAGAGGGUCGGCGGAUUUCAGGCUGGUUCGGCGCUGAGUGAAGUUUAAACCGCCACAGGUUGCUGUAAGUCUACAAGCGGAAUCAGCAGGAGUGCAGGCUGAGAGGAAGAACAGCUCGCGUUAAAGUCUGAAACCACAAUGAGCAAGAUAGAUGAUCCACAGCAUGAUGAGCCUGCAUACUUAAAGGAUGAGCCUCCAGCAGAUACAAAUAAGGACCACCCUCAGGCUCAGCCAGGCAUGUUUUCCAGAGUGACAGGAGGUCUAUUCAGUGUCACUAAGGGGGCUGUCGGGGCCACCGUUGGUGGGGUUGCCUGGCUUGGAGGGAAGAGCUUGGACCUCACCAAGACAGCUGUCACCUCUGUUGCUGCUGUUCCUAGCAUGGGAGUAGGAUUGGUGAAAGGAAGCGUGUCUGCAGUGGCCGGUGGAGUAACUGCAGUUGGCUCAGCAGUUGUUAAUAAGGUUCCUAUUGGAGGGGGAAAGAAGAAGGACAAGUCUGAUUGAAAUGUCUGAAUUUUGUGAGGAGAGAUGCUGUCAUCAGUGACUUGAUAUGACUUCUCAGUGGGAUCAUGUUUGGUUUGAUAUUCUGCAAAAAUGCUUUGUUGGGAUCAGAUCAAUGCUGUUCUAUGAAAGAGCGACUUCAGUGUACUAGGAGUGUCCAUCUGCUUCUGAGAAGAGGCUGUUUUUGUAUCCUAAGUUGUAUGUUUUGGAACAUGACAAGGUUUGAAUGUUAUGAUCCCAGUAAGGGAAAAUAUUUUUAAUAUUUGAAGUAUUAGUUUUCAGAGUCGUUUGGAGAGUCAGGUGUUUAGUGAGGGACCACUGUAACAUUGUUUCAUCAAACCACAUUGCACCGGGUUUUGUGUCUUUGAUCAUGAACUAGGGAAUACACAUAUCUUUGUACCAGAGCCUUAGGGAAAAUUAGUCCCAUGAGCCAUAAGUUGAAUUGACGCAGAAAUCACUUAGGUAUCCAUCAGUUUACUGCAGCAGAAAAUUUGAGACUGUGAUGGGUUGACGGUAAUGGAUCAUCUGUUUGAUUGAGAUACAGAGAUACAGCCUCUGGGGUCCAGGCUGAGGCUUCUCAUACAGCUUUUCUCAUCAGUCUAUUUUUCUUUCUUUUUUCUUUUUUUUUUUUACCUGCAAUACAGAGAAGCCCUGGGCCUCCAGCCAGGAAUGAAUGUGUUUGCUGUGCACCAAAAACAACAGCUAAAGGUGUUAUUCUGUUGAAAAUCUGAAUGCUGGUAGAAAACAUUCAUGACCAAAAACCGAAAAGUUUGUAACUAUUUCAUUAUUCAAUGAAAUAGCAGUUCAGGUUAGGUUCUAAUGUCUGUCAAAUGUGGCCCAUUUUUUUUUUCUUUUGUGGUGGAGAUUGUCUAUAAAGUUUUUUGACUACACGUGUUAUUUAUCCUAAAAAAACAUUUUCAGUGGCUUUCAAAUUUUGUCUAAUCCAUUUCACAAAAACAAAAGCAUUUUCCUCCCAAUCCAAUACUGCAUUACAAUUUUAUAUUUUGAUAUGAAUGAGCAGAGACAGUAUUUUCUGUUAGAUGUGUUCGGACUCUUUGUUUUCCUACAACCAAAGAAUGCAAAUGCUCAGUCAGUAUAUCUUCUCUGUAAUAAUCAAGGUUUUUUGAUUUUAUUAAUGUAAGUGUAUUCAUUUUACACACAAAUAUGUAUCUGUGUGUGAAUAUAUAUAAAUAAUGUGAAUUAAAUAAAGAAAUAGGAUUUAACAUUG